UCUUAUGUAUGUAAAACCCCGUUACGAUGUCGGCGACGGGGCCCAUCAGUAACUAUUACGUGGACUCGCUCAUCUCGCACGACAAUGAAGACCUCCUAGCGUCCAGGUUUCCGGCCACUGGGGCUCACCCCGCCGCCGCCAGACCCAGCGGCUUGGUGCCGGACUGUAGCGAUUUUCCGUCCUGUAGCUUCGCGCCCAAGCCGGCCGUGUUCAGCACGUCGUGGGCGCCCGUGCCCUCGCAGUCGUCCGUGGUGUACCACCCGUACGGCCCCCAGCCCCACCUCGGCGCCGACACGCGCUACAUGCGGACUUGGCUCGAGCCGCUGUCCGGCGCCGUCUCCUUCCCCAGCUUCCCGGCCGGGGGCCGUCACUACGCCCUCAAGCCGGACGCCUACCCCGGGCGCCGCGCCGACUGCGGCCCGGGCGACGGCCGCAGCUACCCGGACUACAUGUACGGCUCGCCCGGGGAGCUGCGCGACCGCGCCCCGCAGACCCUGCCCUCGCCCGAGGCGGACGCCCUCGCCGGCAGCAAGCACAAAGAGGAGAAGGCCGACCUGGACCCCAGCAACCCCGUGGCCAACUGGAUCCACGCCCGCUCGACGAGGAAGAAGCGCUGCCCCUACACCAAGUACCAGACGCUGGAACUGGAGAAGGAGUUUCUCUUCAAUAUGUAUUUAACCAGGGACCGUCGGUACGAGGUGGCCCGGGUUCUCAACCUCACCGAGCGGCAGGUCAAAAUCUGGUUUCAAAACCGGAGGAUGAAGAUGAAAAAGAUGAAUAAAGAGAAAACCGACAAGGAGCAAUCCUAAACCCUGCCCCGGCCUGCUGCCUCGGCACAGCCAAGGGAAAAACAAAAAACCCCACAAAAAA